AUGAUGUCAAUAAAGAUUCCAAAUAAGCUGCGUUAUUUGGUAUUCAAUUCCGAUGUCCCGCGUAUGAAAGACUUCCUGGAUGGAACUGUUUGUGAUCUAUUUGCACAUAUUCUGCCCGAGGCAAUAACUUACGUUUACGAUGAGUUAUCCAUCAGACUGCCGCUUGAUUUGGAGAAGCCGACGACUGAGACCAGUCCACGCAAAACAUUCGAUGUGGUGUUGCCCGAAAAACCGAAAGCUGCACUGAGCAGUGCAGCACUAGCCGAACUAGAACGAAAACGUUUGGAAAAAAAGAAAAAUAAUAAGGGGAUGGAACGCAAGAGGGCUAAAUCACCUUCGGAAUGUGGAUACCGCGAAUUGGCCAUUAGAGCAGCAAAAAUAGAGCAACGAAUCGCUGAGCAGAAAAAGCGCGCUGCUGAAGAGAAAAAGCGAAGAAGGGAGCUAAAAAAAGCGAGAGCUGAAAGACAUGUUUUGGGUAGCAGUAACGGUAAUGAUGGAGAAGAUCUAGGCGAAGUUGUUGUACCCGCAACACCGGAGUCACACAUGGGCAGCACAUCAUCAGACUCUUCGGACGACGGAGGUUUUGGAGAAGAUAUCGAUGAAGUGAUGCAGACGCCAAUUGAAAAACUUAACAGAAUCCCAAAACCUCGUGAUAUGGAGCUGAGAGCGCUAGCAGAGAAAUGUUUCAAUGAGUCGUUGGCAAGGCGUGGAGCCAGACAGCCCGCAGCAUCUUGGACAGGGCAACAGUUUCAAAGACCAACGGUCAGAGUUGCUAAUUCUCCGCCAAAAAGCUCUGCGCGCGUCAAUUUAUUUGAACGUUUCGCCAUGAUGGAUCGAAUGAAGAAACCGAAGCAGCUCGAAGCCUACGAUCGUGGUACUUCUCGUCGCAGUCUGUUUGACGACGGCAGUUCCAAGGAAUGUCGUGCAGAAGGGACAACCCGCUCGUUUCGGUAUAUUCAAAGGAAUCGAUGUAGACGUCCAGUGAGGGCCGGUAGCGGUCAUACAUCUCAUAUGUUGCUGAACAUCUACAAUUCACAUCUUCUAAAUCCACCAGUACUGCCAAAGCAAUGUGCAGUCAAACGCCGGGCGUCGGGGCCGGAUGGUGAACACCAAGUAACUAAGAUGAACGUUUACGAAACAUUCAAAUUGAAACCUUUUAGGCCUCGAACUACUAGUGAAAAUGCAGGGUUAUCGUCUGUAACUAUUGUGCCGGAAAGUCGCGAAGUAAGCAGUUUCUCUCAAGAUGUAAGAACGACCGAAUGCGCAGUAUUAUCGGAAUCGAGCGAAAGUAUGAGCACGAAGAGAUCGGAUGAGAAACCGACAGAGAAGAAAAGCAAAUUAUCACUGCGAUCAGGGAAUUCAUCAUCGUCCGAUCUUUUUAGUGCGACAGGUUCGCAAGGGUCAUUCAGCAAAUCAAGUGAAUCAGUAGAAAGUUCGGACACUGAAUCCGGUGCUUCAGACGAGUUGCCGGGGAAAAAUUCAGGUAAAGCUGGAGGAGUAAAAAAGAAAAGUGGGAAAAAGUCUGUUUUACCAGGAGGGAAGUCACGUCUUCCGACAACUGUGGGAACUCAGGCUGAUGUUUUGGAACAGAGCCCAAAUGAAUAUGAAACCUGA